UCGGUACAAAUUUAAAAUAGGUUCGACCAACGAGCGGCCAGACAGCUGCAGCAGCACCGGAUUUAAAAUUAUUAAUACUUUUAACUGUGAGCCUCCGACUGUACACAGUUGUAAGAGGAUAUUUUUCACUGCGACGCUGACAUGAGAGUGAGUGAAGCCCAUGCAGCAGAGUCGGUUGCCUACUUCAACACGGCUCUUGGCAGACUGCAGGAUAUUUGGGAAGAAAUCGGGAUCCCCGAAGAGCAGCGACUCAAGAGAACCAACGAUGUUCACAAACACAUUAAAGUCCUGCUGGACAUGAUGAUCGCCGAGGACCAGGAUCUGAAGCAGCAAUUGCAAAAAAGCAUCGAGUCAUGUCAGCAGGAGCUGCGUGUGUUGUGCGGUGAACUGCAGCUGCCGCCUUUUGAGGAGGAGGAAGGCUGCACGAUCCUGCAAAUGGAGAAAAACUGCCGCACUCGUGUAGAAGUGAUGAAAGAGCACAAACGACAGAGAAUGGAAGAGCUUGAAGCCCUCGUCGCCAAAGACCGUGAGCUGUGUGACAUCAUGUGCACCGCCCCCUUCAGCAUCGACCAGAACUCUGUCCCGUCAGUGAAGCAGCUCAAGGACUAUCGCGCCUACCUCGACCACCUCACCAAGGAGAAGGAGCUUCGCCACAGUGAAUUUGUCAGCACCAAAGAGGAGAUCAUCGCUUGCAUGAAUGACCUGGAACGGCAUCCCGAGACCAGUUUUGAGAUGGACGUGAUGUGUGAGAACGAGGACGCGUUUUAUCUGUCCAACGACAACAUCGCUGCCCUGAAACUCCUUCUCAGUCAGUUACAAAGACGCAAGGCAGAAAACGAGCUCCUUUGUUCACGUUGGCGCACUCAGAUCAAGGAGUUAUGGGAAAGGCUCCAGGUUCCCCAGGAGGAAAGGGAAGCUGUGGCUGAACAUAUGGUCAACUCAAAGAAGAAAAACAUUGAGGCGCUCCAAGCAGAGGUUGAGCGUCUAGAGGUGCUGAAAAUGCAGAGCAUGAAGAGUGUGAUUGAGGCCAUCAGAGCUGAGAUUGCCGUUUUGUGGACGAAGUGCUUCUACAGCAAUGAACAGCAGCAAGCCUUCAGCGCGUAUCACAACGAGGAUUUUACUGAAGAGCUUCUGGGCCUGCAUGAGGCUGAGGUCGGGCACCUGAAGAAGUACUACGAGGACCACAAGGAACUCUUUGAAGGAGUCACAAAGUGGCAGGAGAACUGGAACAUGUACUUGGAACUAGAUAGAAAGGCUAACGAUCCUUCAAGAUUCACCAACCGAGGUGGCAACCUUCUCAAAGAGGAAAAACGGCGAGCCGAGCUGCAGAAAGGUUUACCCAAGUUUGAAAAGACCUUGAAGGUACAGAUUGAUAGCUGGGAGCAGGAGCACAACAAAAACUUCCUGGUGAACGGACAGAACUUUCUGGAGUACGUGGCGCAGCAGUGGAAAGAUUACCACGAUGAAAAAGAGAGGGAAAAACUUGAAAGACAACUGAAAAAAACUAAGCAAACACAAGAGGAUAUGCUGUAUGGAACAACGAUGAGGACGCCAACCAAACGGCGGCUUCCGGGCAACCCCACACCCGGAAAGAUGAGAAAGAUAAACAGCAGCUCUACUCCUAGCAGCUUUCUUAACGCAGGCCACGGUGGAACCAUGUGCCACACCUCCACGCUGAAGCUACCGCCGUCUGCCAGCAAGAGUCAAACUUUGCGAACCCCUGCCCGCGGCAAGACGAAGCGUGCGCUAGACCAGAACAAGGAAAACUUCUCCCAUAUCAGAAAUGCGCCGUGUGGCCCAAGGUCUCAGGAUACUCAAGAUUGCACCUUCACCUUUAGCUCUGUUGCUGACUCCUAUUCGGAAUUUGCGAGGGACCUCACAACAAAGGCUGCUAAAUCAACCGUGAUGACUGGCCUGCUGAACUCCACUGUCAGCCAUCAGUGACUGUUCAGAGCUCCAGCACCAGGAGCCACCGGCAGUCUUCCCGCUGUGCAUAUUUCUGUGGACGUUUGAGACUUGGUUUUAAGGAGCAGUUUGUUUUUGUUUUUUCUUAAUGAAAUGAUUAACCAUGUGUUGGGCACCAUUUUUAUUGUGGAACUAAGGGAUUAUGCAAUGCACCGCCUUCUUCCUUUAGCUGGGAUGACAGCUACAUUUAAACUUUUUUUUUUUUUUUAAAUCGACACGUAAAUAAAAAUUUCCAAAAGAUCUUA